GCGAGUGCUACCGCCAGGGGCGGGGCGGCGCGGGCCGGCCGGGCUGUGCACCUGCGCCUCGGCGGUCCGCCUGGGGCAUCAUCCCCGGUCCGCCUGGCCCCGCCAUGGCCAGGCCGCAGAGGACUCCAGCACGCAGUCCCGACAGCAUCGUCGAGGUGAAGAGCAAAUUUGAUGCCGAGUUCCGACGCUUCGCGCUGCCCCGCGCUUCGGUGAGCGGCUUCCAAGAGUUCUCUCGGUUGCUGCGUGUGGUACACCAGAUCCCGGGCCUGGACGUGCUGCUUGGCUAUACGGAUGCUCACGGCAACCUACUGCCCCUCACCAACGACGACAGCCUGCACCGGGCCCUGGCCAGUGGGCCCCCGCCGCUGCGCCUGCUAGUGCAGAAGCGGGCAGAAGCUGAUUCCAGUGGCCUGGCCUUUGCCUCCAACUCUCUGCAGCGGCGCAAGAAAGGGCUCCUAGUUCGGCCAGUGGCAUCCCUGCGCACGCGGCCACCCCUGCUAAUCAGCCUGCCACAAGAUUUCCGCCAGGUUUCUUCAGUCAUAGAUGUGGACCUACUGCCUGAGACCCACCGACGGGUGCGGCUGCAUAAGCAUGGUUCCGACCGCCCCCUGGGUUUCUACAUCCGAGAUGGCAUGAGUGUGCGCGUAGCUCCCCAGGGCCUGGAACGGGUUCCAGGCAUCUUCAUCUCCCGCCUGGUACGAGGGGGCCUGGCUGAGAGUACAGGGCUGCUGGCAGUCAGUGAUGAGAUCCUCGAGGUCAAUGGCAUUGAGGUAGCUGGGAAGACCUUGGACCAAGUAACAGACAUGAUGGUCGCGAACAGCCACAACCUCAUUGUCACUGUCAAGCCAGCCAAUCAGCGCAAUAAUGUGGUGCGUGGGGCAUCUGGGCGUCUGACAGGGCCUCCUUCUGCUGGGCCUGGGCCUGCUGAGCCUGAUAGCGACGAUGACAGCAGCGAUCUGAUCAUUGAGAACCGCGAGCCUCCCUGUUCCAAUGGGCUGUCUCAAGGGCCUCCAUGCUGGGACCUGCGCCCAAGCCGCCUACUUCCUGAUGCCCGCAGCUCUCUGCCCUCCCUGGAUGAUCAGGAGCAGGCCAGCUCUGGCUGGGGGAGUAGCAUUCAAGGAAAUGGUAGUGGCUUCAGCCUCUGACAGGCAAAGAUGCAGCCCCUUGCCCUUCCCGGCUGCUGGGACAUGGCAGGGACUUCCCCAGUGGGGUUUUUUAGCUUGCUCAUGGGGCCCUCUCAGUCUGGGGAACAUUAAAGGUUUUCUACA